CCGUGGACGCAAAAACAUGGGAUAUUUUGGUUUGAGGCCCUGAACCAACCCACGUUUAUCGAACCCUUCUCCAACUUGCUCUCUCUCUCUCUCUCUCUCUCUCUCUCUCUCUCAACUUUCAAUCCUAUCACCACCUAGUUUUAACGCGUGAGCUCUCUCUACCUUAUCCAACCGUUAUAGUCCCCCCAACUUUUUUUCUAUUUUGUCCAAACUUUACUAUAUAAAUCCUUACAAUCAACAUUUCCUCCUCAUACUCUUCUCUCUAUCUCAUCAACAAUAUGGAGAAAGAAAUUGAAAAUAUGAGGACCUUCGACAUGGGCACUCUCAUGACCAAUCUUCCAAGAAAGAGAGGGUUGUCAAGAUACUACGCCGGAAAAUCUAGAUCGUUUACGUGCAUGGCGGAUGUCCGUUGCUUGGAAGAUCUAAAGAAACAAGAGCAUCCGGACGCGAAGAAGAGGAAGAAGAAGCAUUCGGAUAGGCAGAGCAUGCAGGUUCCUCCGUUGCCAUGCCGGAGGGUGUCAAGUAGCACCCAAUGCGCUACACCUAUUGUUGGCAUGUAAAUAGAAAGCAGGAUGUGAGAUGAGAUAAGGACCAAAUUAGUGCUUUUUUUUUUAGUUUCAGUGGAUUUAAAUGACAUUUGUGCAUACGGAUUGAGAUUUAAAAUAAAAAAUAAAAAAAUGAAAGAAAAAGAACAAGGUAAAAAGAUGGAAAUUCUUAAA